CACCGCUUCCUCUCCCCGCCAGCUUCCUCGCUGUCCUUCCGCCUCCUUUCCUGACCUCGGCUUCCUCGGUUCUGCGGCCUUCCGUGCCUCCUGAGUUCCGUAUCCAGAUGCUUCCCAAGCGGCGGCGAGUGCGGGCUGAGUCCCCACACCGCGCUGGUGCUUCCUCCGCGCCGCCGCCGGUGCGCUUCCCGGGGGUGGCCAUCUACCUGGCCGAGCCGCGCAUGGGCCGCAGCCGCCGGGCCUUCCUCACGCGUCUGGCGCGGUCCAAAGGCUUCCGCAUCCUAGAUACCUACAGCUCAGAGGUGACGCAUGUGGUGAUGGAGCAGACCCCAGCCGAGGAGGCCCUCUGCUGGCAGAAGAACAUGGAUGCUCUUCUCCCAGGCGGCCCCCAGCCAGUUCUGCUGGACAUCAGCUGGUUUACAGAGAGCAUGGCAGCAGGGCAGCCUGUCCCUGAGGAAGUCCGGCACCACCUGGAGGUACCUGAACCCAGGAAGGAGCCCCCAAGCUCAAUGACGAUGCCAACUUAUGCCUGUCAGCGUCCCACACCUCUCACACACCAUAACACUACCCUCUCAGAGGCUCUGGAGACACUGGCAGAGGCAGCAGGUUUGGAAGGCAAUGAGGGCCGUCUCCUCUCCUUCUCCAGAGCGGCCUCGGUGCUCAAGUCUCUUCCCUGGCCUGUCACAUCCCUGAGCCAGUUGCAGGGCCUGCCCCUCUUUGGAGAACAUUCCUCUAGAGUAAUCCAGGAGCUGCUGGAACAUGGAGCAUGUGAGGAGGUGGAACAAGUCCGCAGCUCAGAAAGGCACCAGACCAUGAAGCUCUUCACCCAAGUCUUUGGGGUUGGUGUGAAGACUGCCAACCGGUGGUACCAGGAAGGGCUGCGAACCCUGGAUGAGCUCAGAGAGCAGCCCCAGAGACUGACCCAGCAGCAGAAAGCAGGGCUCCAGUACCACGAGGACCUGAGCACCCCGGUUGGGCGAGCUGACGCAGAGGCUCUGCAGCAGUUGGUGGAGGCCGCUGUGAGACAGACCCUGCCCGGGGCUACUGUCACGCUGACUGGAGGUUUCCGGAGGGGGAAGUUAGAAGGUCACGAUGUGGACUUCCUUAUCACUCACCCUGAGGAGGGCCAAGAAGUGGGGCUGCUGCCCCGAGUGAUGAGCCAACUACAGAGGCAGGGACUUGUCCUGUAUCACCAAUAUCAUCGCAACCACUUAGACUCCGCCCACCUCCUGCGGCAGAACUACACCAUGGACGCUUUUGAGAGGAGUUUCUGCAUCUUGUGCUUGCCCCAACCCCCACACGCAGCUUUAGCGGGGGGCCUGCGGCCCUGUCCAGCCUGGAGAGCUGUGAGGGUAGAUCUUGUGGUCACCCCCAACAGCCAGUUCCCCUUUGCUCUUCUUGGCUGGACUGGCUCCCAGCUUUUUGAGCGGGAGCUACGGCGUUUCAGCCGGCAAGAGAAGGGGCUGUGGCUGAACAGCCAUGGGCUGUUUGAUCCUGAGCGGAAGACAUUUUUCCAUGCAACUUCUGAGGAAGACAUUUUCAGACUCCUGGGCCUCGAGUACCUUCCUCCAGAGCAGAGAAAUGCCUGAUCCUGCCUGCUGGCCACCACACCCACCCACAAAAAAUGAGCGGUCGCCUCAUGUUUGACCAGGGAUGUUUGUGGACAGAAUGUGCUGCCACCCCAUGGCCUCACCUGUGCAAAUGGAGUUUUCAGCGGCAGCGGGGACAUUGGCAAGGUGUGACCCUGAGUCAGCUUUCAACCGCCACACUCCCCAGGGUUAGGGGCCCUGAGCAGUUCGUAGAUCAUGGAACUAUGGCAGAGUCUGAAGUCUUGGUUCUGGUCCUGGUGUGAGCAUUUGAUCUGUCCAGCUGCUGUCUGCUGCAGGGUACCCUAUUCAGUGUGCCGGAAAAGAGACCCGUGUGCCUGCCCUGUGCUUGAGCUGAUAUGGGAACUAUAAUUCUGGUUGUGAGGUGAUGCACAAGAAACCUGAGUGAGGGCUGUGCUGCAGAAUCUGGAGAAGGAAGUGGCCCAAGACAGAAACCUGGGGCUGCCGGGCGCCACAACCCACAGCUGGGCCCCAGACUUCGUAAGUGGCACAGCCCGAGUCCUCUUCCACUUGCCUCCUCUUCCACUCGCAGCUGUUGCCCCCCUCACACUCCAGCCUGGGCUGAGCCUAGCCUGCCUACCCACAAUCCCCUGUGCAUC